GCACCAAUUGUGACAUAUAUCCUUGGUCCCAGUACCCCAGAAGAGCUAGCUGGGUAUGAAAAUAUAGAUAUUUCUACUGGUGGUGAACUGUGUGAAAAUAUCACAUACUUAGGUAGGGAUGAUUCUAUAUAUAUUAACUCAUGAAACUACAAAGCAGAUGUGGCCUACUUUGUUAUUCAAUUCUACCUGAUGCCAAAUAAGUUUACUUGUUUUACGGUUUCAAUUUCUUUGAUACACAGUUUUUCGCAUCAUUCACAUUCAUCCUUUAGUAACACUACACCAAUAUAGAAUCGCUCUUACUGGACCUCUACAGAGAACAGUGAGAAACUGAUGGUGCUUUCCAGUUUACCAGGAAAUUACAGUAGUUUAGUUUAACCCAUUAAGCUGCAGAGCUUCCCCAUUGACAAGAAAAAUUGUCUGGCAUUAGACAAGUGAAAGAAAUAAGUAGGGCGCACUGGGGCGCAUUGCGGCUCAAUGGGUUAACUAGAGACAUUGUCAGAUUUUUUGGUUAACCCACUAAGAACCCAUUAAGCUGCAGAGCUUCCCCAUUGAUGAGUAAAGUUGUUUGGCAUUAGACAAGUAAAAACACUAUUAUUAACACUAAUAAUAGUUAAUACUAGUAUUAACACUGUAAAUGGCAUGCACCCUGAUGCGCCCUACUUUAUUAUUUUACUCUGUCUAAUGCCAGACAGUUUUACUCAUCAGGGGGGGGGGUGCUGCCACUCAAUGGGUUAAUUUUGAUUGCCAUCCUUGUGUAAUAGGUCGAUGUGGAAUAUUGCAAUGUCCCAGUGGUCUUCAGGUAGCCUAUGUCAGUGGUAUGGACAGCAAUAAAUCCAGUAAGGUGAAGAAAAUUGUUUUGUUUUUAGGAUUAGGAAUGUUUAACUGCAUUCUAAAGUCUAUAUUUGUAUAUAUAACGUAAUGCAGGAUGGAUGCUUUUUCAAGGAAGAGGAAACAAAGCAGUUGUGUGCCAAGUCUGAAGAUAAAAAUUUUAAAGGAGUUGAUAUGUUGUUGACAUCAGAUUGGCCAAAAGGUGUUACAGAGUAUGGAAAUAAGCUGGUAUGUCAAGUUUACGUUGGUUAUGGUAGUGGUACUAUGAUACUGAUGGUGGUAAUAUGAUGGUGGUGGUAUAAGGAUGAUGAUGGUGAUGAUGAUGGUGGUGAUGGUGAUGGUGGUAGUGAUGAUGAUGAUGGUGGUGGUGAUGAUGAUGGUCAAUGGUGUUAUUUGGUAAUGAUGAUGGUGGUGAUGGUAUUGAUGGUGGUUGCGAUGGUGAUAUGAUGGUGGUGAUGAUGGUAGUGGUGGUAUGAUGGUGGUGAUGGUGAUGAUAUGAUGGUGAGGUAUUGAUGAUGGUAGCUUGGGGUGGUAUGAUGAUGGUCCAUGAUGGUAGUGAUGAUGAUGGUGGUGAUGAUGAUGAUCAAUGGUGUUAUUUGGUGAUGAUGAUGGUGGUGGUGAUGGUAUUGAUGAUGGUAGUGAUGGUAUGAUGGUAGUCAGGCAGUGGUGGUGUAAUUUCUUGUGUUGGUGAUUUGAGAUUAAAAAUAUUUUGACUUACAUCUAGGUUGAUACCAGUGUUGAUCCAAGUGAAACUGGAUCGGAAAUCAUCUCCCAAUUAGCUAUCAAAUUAAAACCAAGAUAUCACUUUACUGCACUAGACAAUGCUUACUAUGAAAGAUUACCAUAUAGGUACAGUUUAAACUUCUACCAAAUUGAUGUAUAGAUCGUGCUAUUCACAAUAUAGCUAGUUGACCUGGUGGAUAAUUUCUCUUGUGUUUGUUUACACAUCAUGUGUUUUUUCCAGAAAUCACAAAGUGUUACAAGAACCUGCUCGACAUGUCACGAGGUUUAUCAGUUUGGCAAAUGUUGGCAAUAGUUCAAAGAAAAAGGUUGCUAUUUGUAAUUGUAUUUAGUUUUCUUCAGUGAACAAUAAAUUUAAAACAGUGUUACAGUUUGUUGAAAGAAAAUUUGUGGAGUCCAAUGGACAACUUGCAUGUUAGACUAAAUUUUUAUCUAAGUAAAGAGAAGGGAGUCAAACACCACAGCUAAAAAGAACAUGAUGAAAUUAGUAAAAUUGCAGAAUUUGGUUGCGCAAUGUUGUAAAGCUUGGAAAAUAUGGCCUUGCAAAGUUUCCAAAUUUUGUAUUACGUGUGGAAAUUGUUACCAUUUUCGGCUCAAAAAUGGUAACAAUUUCCGCACGUAACACAAACAUAUACAAAAUAUGCAAACUUCGCAAGGCUAUAUUUUCCGCAUUUUCCAACAUUUCGUAACCAAAUUUUGCUAUUUUACUAAUUUUAAUAAGUUCUUUACGGGAAUUAACUUUUUUUUUGCCUAGAUAAAAAAAUUAGUCUGACAUGCAAGUUGUCUAUUGUUGUCCAGUUGUUUGAUAAAAAAAUGUUUCGAAUGUUGUAAAGGCCUGUUCAUAAGUUCUGAGCACUGUUUAAAGAAAAUUAUACUUUUUUAGUAUCUCUAUGCAUUCAAUGUUGUACCACUGUGUCACAUAAAGCCAGAUGAAUUGAUUAAACAACCAGAUGACGUCACAGAAAUGCCUUAUGGGAAACUACUUAGGAACAAGGCUACAAACCAGAACUCUCAGGUAACAAUCAACAAUGGGUGAUUCUAGAAAAAGACUAAAUUUUGAUCAAGGUAAGAAGAACGAAAUCCAACACCACAGCUAGAAAGAGCGUCUUAAAAGGAGUAAAAUUGCAAAGAUUGGUUGCUAAAUGUUGUAAAAUGAAGAAAAUAUAGCCCCGUGAAGUUCGCAAAUUUUGUAUAUAUUUGUAUUACGCGCGGUAAAAUAACCACUUUCGGCUCAAAAAUGGUUAUUUUUCCCGCGCGUAAUGCAAAUAUAUACAACAUUUGCGAACUUCACAGGGAUAGAUUUUCCUCAUUUUACAACAAUUCACAACCAAACUUUGCAAUUUACUCAUUUUAAGAUGCUCUUUCCAGCUAUGGUAAUGGAUUUCGUUCUCCUUGUCUAAAUCAAAAUUUCGUCAAAAGCUGGAAUCGUCAUUGAAUAUGGACUAAACUAACAUUCAUGCUGGAUAGCUCUAUCUGUUUUAGUAAAACUAUUCUUCCUACUCCUAGAGGUCCAAACAACAUUGGACCAAUAAGAGAACCCUAAAUUGAGAACAGAUUAGAAUUGUUAGAUCUAUCGAGUACAAAUAAAUUAGUUUAGUUUCCUCCUGUAGUAUCUCUUUACAGUAAAGCUAACUAAGUGUUAAAAUUAAACCUGCAGCAAAAUUCUGGUCAAAACUUCUUCUUUGAUUUGGACUCCAAAUCUGGGGGACAGAAACGAAAGAAUGACGGUUUGUUCAAUUCUUUUCAACUUCGCAUUCCCUUUCAACAUACACAUGCACCUUGACGCUGUUUAUAAUUACACUUAUAUUUCAGAUGGUAACCAAAGACAGCCCACAAAACGGAAAGGUCCAC